UGUGUGUGUGUUCGCCAUGACUCUUGGGGUUCAUCCAGGCUUGGUGGGCUCGCAGCAGAGGCGCUGGGCUCUCCCUACCAGCCUGGCUUCCUGGAGACCAAAACCACAAGUAGAGCACCGAGAUGUGAGAGACACUCACGGGCUGGGCUUGCCCGCAUGCGUACAGAGCGCCUUCUCUCGAGAAGAGGAAGACGCAGCCAGGAUCGGCACAGGACAGAGCAGGCGUGAGGGGCACCCAGCAGCCGUGUCCACUCCCUGGCCCCGGGAUGGCUUUCCCCGCCGGCAGACACGCGUAGCUGUCACAGAUGGCACCAGGCAUGUGGUUCUUCUGCGUGAUCGCUGGAUGGCUGGCGGCGGCUCUCUCAGGUCACCCGUCUCCAGCCCCAUCUGGCCAGCGCAACACCAGCGGCACAGAGAGCCAGCCCUGGGAGCCAGGGGAGCGGCCCGAGGUCCGCCUGGUGAACGGGAGCAGCCGCUGCAGCGGGACCGUGGAGGUUCAGCUAGGACAGUCCUGGGAGCCCCUGUGCCGGAAGUUCUGGGACCUCAACGCUGCGGAGGCCGUGUGCCAAGUGCUGGGCUGCGGAGGGGCAGAGACGGUGCCCAGCCAGCCAGCUCCGUUGUCAUCGGAACUGCCACGGGACUGGGCCGCGAGGAACGCCAGUGGGACCCGGAAUGCCACGCGGGCCCUGGUGCCCACAGUCCAGUGCAGAAGCCCCGAGUGGCAGUCCUGUGAGGUGGUGCAGCAGGAGUGCAUCAGCAGGGGGCCAGUCCAGGUCACCUGUGCAGAGAAUCAAGCACUGCGGUUGGCGGAGGGUGGCAGCCGCUGUGCCGGCCGCGUGGAGAUGCUGGAGCAUGGCCAGUGGGGUUCUCUGUGUGAUGACACGUGGGACCUGAAGGACGCCGACGUGGUGUGCAAGCAGCUGAGCUGCGGCUGGGCCAUCCAGGCCCUGCCGGGCUUGCACUUCGCCCCUGGCCAGGGAGCCAUCCACCGGGACCAGGUGAACUGCUCCGGGGCCGAGACCUACCUCUGGGACUGCCCAGGGCUGCCUGGGCACGGCUACUGUGGCCACAAGGAGGAUGCUGGCGUGGUGUGCUCAGAGCACCAGUCCUGGCGCCUGACCGGAGGCACUGACCGCUGCGAGGGGCAGGUGGAGGUGUUCUUCCGUGGGGUCUGGAGCACCGUGUGUGACAGCGAGUGGUACUUCACAGAGGCCCAGGUGCUCUGCCGUGCCUUGGGCUGCGGGACCGUGGACAAACGGCCCACGGGGCUGCCCCACUCCCUGUCGGGCAGGAUGUUCUACUCAUGCGAGGGAAACGAGACCACCCUCUCGGACUGUUUAUGGCUCUUCAACAACUCCAAUGUCUGCAUGCAGUCCAAGGCAGCCAGGGUCCUCUGCUCAGGUUCCCAGAGGUUGCUCAAUCUGUCCACUCCUGAAGUUCCUGCAAGUAUGCAGCCAGUCACUGUAGAACCUUCUGUGACCGUGAAAACGGAGGACUGGCAAUCUCGGGAGCUGAUCCUCUUCAUCGCCUCUAUCAUUCUGGGAAUUCUCUUCCUUGUCUCACUCAUUAUCAUUGCCAUCAUCCUCUUGAAAGUUAAAGGAAAAUACGCCCUCCCUGCUAUGGUGAACCACCAACACCUACCUACCACCACCCCAGCAGGGGUCAAUAGCUAUCAAGAGGUCCCCAUCACCAUCCCCAAAGAAGAAGUAUCCACAUAUCUGAGGAGAGAAUUUCCCAAGCUGCCCUUCCAGGCCCAGGCCCCGCCCCCCGCAGACCCGGACUCCAGCUCGGAAUCUGACUACGAGCACUACGACUUCAGCGCCCAGCCUCCCGUGGCCCUGACCACCUUCUACAAUUCCCAGCGACACCGAGUCACAGAUGAGGAGGUCCAGCAGAGCAGGUUCCGGAUGCCCGCCUUGGAGGAAGAUCCCCCCUCCCUGGGCCGUCAGCAGCAGGUGAGGAGCCACAGCGAGUCCAGCACGUCGUCUGGGGAGGACUACUGCAACAGCCCCAGCAGCAGGCUGCCACCCUGGAACCCUCAGGGCUUUUCCUCAGAGAGGAGCCCCCUCCGGGAGCAGCCCCCGAACUUGGAGCUGGCCGGCUCCCAGGGAACUUUUUCAGGGCCCUCGGCUGAUGACAGCUCCAGCACCUCAUCUGGGGAGUGGUACCAGAACUUCAAGCCACCGCCCCAGCCCAUUUCGGCGGAGCAGUUUGCAUGUCCAGGAUCCUCCGGUCCCCAGCCUGAUUCUACCGAUGACGACGACGACUACGACGACAUCGGAGCAGGUUAGGCAGGGCCCAGCGAGGCUCCAGGUGGCUCCCUUCCACUGGACUCCGGCUCUACCUGCUCCCCUGCCCCGCCCCACCCUCCCAGAUUGUGCCCCAGGGUGCUGAGAGGCCCCCCCUGGAGAGAUGAAAGGAAGCUCCGCGCCCUGUACUUCUCAGUCUCCAUCCAUCAGGCCGAACCUGCUGGCACAGCCCUCUGCCAGCGCCCAACAGCAGCCCCAAGGUGGAGGUGCUGCGUCCGAGAGGCGGCGAGCUCUGUCUCAGGGAUGCACAAGCAGUCUGGGCCGCCCCUCGGCCAGCGGCACGAAGGGGUUGAACCGGAUGACUCCGGAAGCCCCUUCUGACCCCCGGGGCGUCUGGUGCUUUGGUGCCCUGAGUCUCAGACCGCUCGGGGCCCAGAAGUAAUGGGAGGGGCAGAAGCCGGCUGUCCCAGUGCCACCCAGGAGACGCUGCGAGCAGGGCCUGCUGGGCUGCCGCCGCUCUGACAGGUAGCUUCUGGGGUUGGGGGAGCGGCACACCGGCGGAUCCAGGCUUCCUUGGGCAUAGGCAGCUGACAGUGAGCAGGACAACUGCCCCUGCCCCGACCCGCACCACCAAGAGACUGGGGCCUGAGGUCAGCCCUGCCUGUGGAGGCCCUCGGAGCCCACCAGGGUCACCACCUUGUUCUGCAGAAUAAGGAUGCCAAAUCCUUAUUCUGAGCUUCCAACAGUUUAUGAAGAUGACCCCAGCACAGACCCCGAGUUGUGUCCCAGUCCCUAAAGGGGCAGAGACUCCGAGAUGUCUGCCAGGAUGGGUCCAGAGGCUCACCAAGCCCCUGAGUGUCCCCCUCUGGCUGCGUGGACUGGUGGGAGACUCCCGGAGAAGCCUGUGAACAGGCAAGAUAACGCCCAGAGCCACAGACGUGACCCGUCAGCCUCCCCAGAGAGGCUGGUGGAGGGUAGGGGCGCAUGGGGGUGGGGGCGGGGCUUAGGGCCAGCUGCUUGGUGUCCUGUUCUG